CCGGUGCAGUCAUAUGCAACGAUCGUGGGCUAGUCUAUAGUUACGAAAAAAUUAUGAUUUUCAAGAACAGAUUUGUAUUCGUUAGUGUGGAAAAGAUUUAUCUGUGCUUCCUAAUUUGAUAUAUUUGAUAUAUUUCGUCAAGUUUGACGAAUAUGUCCGGUUUCUCUACUUAGAAAUUUAACAUUCGAGAAUGUAAUUUUAUAUUUCCUAUUUUAUAGUUUAUUUUUUCCUUCAGUAUGCAAAGUUGUAGUUUUCAUCGAAGGAAGACAUUCUUCAAAAGCUAUUUCGGAGUAUUUCUAUUUUAUAAUAUCUCAAGAUUGUGAAGCAAUACUGUUUCAUCUGGAUCUUGAUCACGUGGUUUUAUUUACUUCAAUCAACUCAACACGUUGGAUAGACUAUAAACAAUGAUUGCGUUGUGUAUCAUAUUAUAAAUACAUAUGUUAUAAUUAUGACAAAAUUAUUUAAGAAAUCAAUUCAUGUAAAAGCAUUAUGUAAUCUCACCAAAAAAAGCAAAUGUGCUUUCUGAAUAUUCUGAUCCGUUUUAGUAAAAAUAUAUUACUGAAUAAUAAUCUCAUUAAUUAGGAAGAAAAAAUAUCACUUUUAGGCAGUAGUAUUAAAUAACAAUUGGACAUGACAACGCUAAAAGGCAUUUUUCCUGAUUCAAAAUCAGUAAAAGGAAAAAAUUUCAUACAUGAAAAUGUCAAAAAUCUUCGUCGUAUAGAUCACUUACAUAUUAAUAAAGGAACAAAAGAUGUACAAAAAUCACAAAUAUCCAACCGUAGAAAAAUUAAUAAUAAUAAUAAUUAUAGUAAUAAUCAAAAUAAUAAUGUUUUAUCAAAAGUUAAUACAAAUCUCCGAACAAAAAAACAUGAUAAUGUGAAUACAAGUGUAAAUAGUAAAUUAGAUCAGCAUCAAGAAUUGUGUAAGAAAAUAAGUGCCUCAACACUAGACAAAGAUAAUAUUUUUGUGAAAAAGACAAUACAUUCAACAAGUAAUAAUUUGUUAAUUAAAGAAAGAAAAAAGGAAAAUAAAGGAUUACAUAAAUGUACGCAGAAAUUACAUGAGAAUAUUUCAUCAAAUCCUAAUUUUUCAUAUAAAUCAGUUGGAGAUACUGACAAUGAUAUAAAGGUUCAAAUUAAAGUUAGAAAUCAAGGUAUUCAGACACUGGACACACAGGAAAUUGAUGAUCUAUUUUCUGAAGGAAUAGUUAAAUACCCUUCAAAAAAAUGUUUAAAUCGUUAUGAAUCAAUAAAUAAAGAUAAUACAAAUGAAGAAAUUAAUGUAUCUUCAAGAAGUAUAACAAAUUCACCUUUAGACCAAGGAGAUAUUCGAGUUGUUGAAAAAAAUACACAAGCUAAAAAUGAUACAAAAAGUUCCAAAUUUGUAUUAUCUAAAGAAGAAGUAAAUUUUAUUAAAUUAAACAAAGAACAUACCACUGUAACUAAUAAGAUAGCAACCCAAAUGAAUAACAACACCAAUAAUAAUAGUAAUAAUAACAAUCUUCCUACAAAUUAUCGCAUGGGUGUAGUUCCAAAGUAUAUUAAGAGCAGAAAAGAAAUUCAAGAAAGGGUACAGAGAGCUAAAGUAGAAGAAUUGGAUCCUAACUGUCCAAAUGGACAUGUUCCAUUACCUGAUAAUGAGCGUAAGGAGACAUUGCAAAUGUUAAAAAAGAAUUACCAAGAUUAUGUAACUGAAUUAAAUAUGAUGCCUAUAAAAGUAGAUACCCUUAGGGCGCAGCGACGAAAAAUUGAAAUAGAGAAACAGCUGAACAAAUUAGAAGAAGGCAUAAAAGUUUUCUCAAGACCAAAAGUUUAUGUAAAAAUGAAUGCUUAAAUUGUUAUUUUUUAUAUACAGUUAUGUAAUUUAAUGUAUAAGAAACAGGAAUUAUUUUCCCUUAUUUUUCAAUGGAGCUUUGCCAAUUUGUAAAGUUCAUCAAAUCAAACAUUAAUAUCCUAAAAGCUUCUCUCAAAAACUAAUGAAGUUUUAUAAAGAAUUAAACAGAUAGUUAAGAAAUGCUUUUUAGCAGCACUCAAAAGUGAUGAAAUAAGUUCAUGUAUGUAUAACAGUUUCCUUUUUUCAAUUGAAAAACUCGUAUAUUUGAUUAUUCAACUAACUACAUAUUUAACCAAAGAACAAGAAAAAACCUUUUGAUCAAUAUCCCUAAAAAGAAAGUAUAUCGGUUUUAUUUGUAUAUUUAAAAACUAAGUUUAAUGUCUCAUAACUUCAAAUAUUAUUUAUUAAUGAUAAUACAUAAUUAAAUAUAAAAAGGCAAUAUGAGAAAAUCAAGAUUAAUCCUUGAUAAGUUCGUAUAAAAGUAAAGGGUAUUUCUAUUAAAUCUCAAGAGCAAAUCAAAAAUAAGAUUACAAAAUAUACAUUUAUAUCAACUUAUUUUAUUGUUCCUAAAUAUUGAAGGUAUUUCUUUGUUAGGUGCUGAAUUAUUAUACAUCAUCUAUACAUAUAUAUGUAUGUAUAUUUAUAUUUAAUAACUGUAUAUAAUAUACACAACUUUUGUAAAAUUCUAUAUUAUUAAAUAUUUAGUAAUACUUUA